CCAGAUGGGCGAGAGGAAGAAGCGAUCGGGCUGCGGCUUGGUUUGUUAACCCAUGUGUUCAAGUUUUAGGUGGUGCAAAAUAACUUUGCAGGGCACGGUUUAUGGUCAGGUUUAGUCAGACUUUAACGAGAAAGCGAGCAGAGGAGGAAAGAUGAGUAACAAGAGAAAAAGGGGCUGAGCUUUUUUUUUUUUUUUUUUUCUCCCUUCCUUUCCAGUGAAGUCCAGGAAGUCCGAAACUACAACGCUUGCAAAAAAAUGAUGAGGGAUAGUGGAUGAUAGAGGAGGAAAAAAAAGAAAAAAGGGAAAAACAAACGGCACGGUUAAUCUUUGAACCGUCCUUCUUUAUGCUCACACAAGAAGUCACAAGACGAGCUGUCGUAUAAUUUCUCGGAUGACCCUCCUAACGGCACCGCGGGACGUUGUGCGGCGGCGCUGGUAAAUCUCUUUGGCACCGUGUCUUCUGUCCAAAUAAACCCCAGCAGCAGUUGAACUCCUCGGUCGGGGGGGAAGGCCAGAAACCAAAAGGAACGCAUCAUGUCUGUCUACUUCGACCCCGGACCAGAUUCAGAAGUAAACGGAAACAUUACAAAGAUGGAAGAGGCAAAAGUGGAUAUUGAUGAUGGAAAGGAAGAUAAUUUGUUGCCAGACACAAUGUACCACAAUAUUCGGAGAAAAAUCACACCAUUUGUUAUGUCCUUUGGAUUUCGUAUAUUCGGGGUGGUGCUGAUUAUUGUGGACAUUGUGCUCGUGAUCGUCGACUUCUCGCUGCCAAAGAAGAGCAGAGAGGUCGGAGAUGCUUUGGAAGCUGUGUCGCUCACCAUCUCCUUCUUCUUUCUUGCUGAUGUUCUCCUGCGCGUGUAUGUAGAAAGUUUCAAAGUAUACUUCAGCUCAAAGCUGAACAUUGUAGACGCCUGCGUUGUGGUGAUCACGCUGAUUGUCACCAUGAUCUACACCUUCAGUGACCUGUCGGGGGCUAGUCUCAUUCCCAGGGCAGUGACGUUCUUGCGCUUCUUGAGGAUAAUCAUCUUUGUGAGGAUUUUCAGACUGGCAUCUCAGAAGAAGGAGCUGGAGAAGGUCACUAGAAGGAUGAUAUCAGAGAACAAGAGGCGAUAUCAAAAGGAUGGAUUCGAUCUUGAUCUCACCUAUGUCACAGACCGAGUCAUUGCUAUGUCCUUCCCCUCAUCUGGGAAACAGGCCUUCUACAGGAAUCCAAUUGGUGAGGUUGCAAGGUUCCUAGACACUAAACACGGAGGACACUACAAAGUUUACAACCUGUGCAGUGAGAAAGGCUACGACCCCAAGUUCUUCCACUACAAGGUUGAACGGGUUUUUAUUGACGACCACAAUGUGCCCGCCUUAGAAGACAUGCUGAAAUACACAGCAAGCGUGAGGGAGUGGAUGUCUGCUGAUCCUAAAAAUGUCAUCGCCAUACACUGCAAGGGCGGGAAAGGGCGCACAGGGACCAUGGUGUGCACGUGGCUCAUCGACAGUGACCAGUUUGAGAGCGCGCAGGACAGUCUGGAGUAUUUUGGCGAGAGGAGGACAGACAAGAGUCGGAGCUCCAAGUUUCAGGGAGUGGAGACUCCCUCCCAGAGCCGAUAUGUGGGGUACUAUGAGAUCAUGAAGACCAAGUACAACCGCCAGCUGCCUCCACCUAAAAGCCUGAGGAUAAAAAGCAUCCGGAUUCACUCUAUAGCAGGUGUGGGGAAGGGAGACGCCAGUGAUCUGAGGGUGAAAAUAAUAGUGAAGAAAGUGCUGGUCUUUGAGUGCGUGUGCGCCAAACAGGAGAACUGCAAGGUAUUUCCUGAUACAGGCAACAAUGUUGCAGUAAUCAGCCUGCAGAAUGGGCCUAUGGUUGAAGGGGAUGUGAAGGUUAUGUUUGAAUCAAGUGCAGGUCUUCCAAAAGGAUAUGAAGAUGUUCCCUUCUACUUUUGGUUCAAUACAUCCUUUAUAACAGAAAACAAGUUGUUUUUGCCCAGAGAGGAGCUGGACAACCCACAUAAGCCUAAAACCUGGAACCUAUACAAAGAGGAUUUUGGUGUAACCAUGUUUUUCUCGGAUUCUGAUUAAGCCAUGUUCUGAAACAAAAAAGGGGAACAAAAUAAAUAAAUACCGAUUUUGGUCAAAAGCUGUGAAGAAAUCUGUAAACUAAACACUAGUUUGCUCUAAUCUUUUAAAUGCCUAGACCUAAUGUCUAGAUGUUUAUCGUGGUUAGAGCUAUUUUGGCACUUGAAUAUUAAAUGUUGGAACACUUAUAAUUAAA